CAGCAAGCGAGAGGGCGAGGUGAGGGAUCGGUUGCGAAAGAGCCAUACGGCACCAGCACAGGCAGUGUGUGGCUGUACGAGCGCGCCCGCAGGACUUACGUCGCCGGGAGCAACGCCCCGACCGCCCGGCAGCGACAGGGACAGGAGCGGGGGCAGCUUCCACUCCAGGGUAGUCAAGGGCGAAGCCACUCGAGGACGCGCCCUCCGUGGGCGGGAGGGCGGAGGGGGCUCCUCCUCCUGCCCUCAAUAGCGGACCGCGAUGGGGCUGGGAGCGGCUGGAGUGGUUUAGUCCCGCUCCGGCCGGGCCGCGGCGGGCUAUGAGCGGCGAGCUGUGAGCCAUGCACUCGGGGAACAGCACGGGCACGACGGGCCGCCCGGAGCCCGCGGCGACAGAGCCGGAGGUGCCGGGCGAGCGGCCCCUCUUCAGCGCCGGCACCUAUGAGCUGCUGGCGCUGCUCGUCGCCACCAUCGGCAUGCUGGGCUUGUGCAACAACUUGCUGGUGCUGGUGCUCUACUACAAGUUCAAGCGGCUCCGCACGCCCACCAACCUCUUCCUCGUCAACAUCAGCCUCAGCGACCUGUUGGUGUCCGUCUUCGGCGUGAGCCUUACCUUCAUGUCCUGCCUGAGGAGCCGCUGGGUGUGGGACGCCGCCGGCUGCGUCUGGGACGGCUUCAGCAACAGCCUCUUUGGAAUUGUUUCAAUUAUGACCCUCACUGUUCUUGCCUAUGAACGCUACAUUCGAGUAGUCCAUGCAAAAGUGAUUGACUUCUCUUGGUCUUGGCGGGCUAUCACAUACAUCUGGCUCUAUUCAUUAGCCUGGACUGGAGCACCUCUUUUGGGCUGGAACAGAUACACCCUGGAAAUUCAUGGAUUAGGUUGCUCAGUGGACUGGAAGUCAAAAGACCCCAAUGAUACCUCCUUUGUGCUCCUUUUUUUCCUUAGCUGUUUAGUAGCACCUGUUGGGAUCAUGGCCUAUUGCUAUGGCCAUAUUCUUUAUGCAGUAAGAAUGCUUCGCUGUGUGGAAGAUUUCCAGACUGUUCAAGUGAUCAAACUUCUAAAAUAUGAAAAAAAGGUGGCUAAAAUGUGUUUCUUAAUGAUCUCCAUGUUCCUUAUUUGUUGGAUGCCCUAUGCAGUGGUCUCCCUCUUGGUAACAUAUGGCUAUAGCAACCUUGUAACUCCAACAGUAGCUAUCAUCCCAUCUUUCUUUGCCAAGUCAAGUACUGCUUAUAAUCCAGUCAUCUAUAUCUUCAUGAGUAGAAAGUUUCGACGAUGCCUUUUGCAACUCCUGUGCUUUCGCCUGUUGAGAUUCCAGAGGACCAUGAAAGAGACACCAGCAACAGGGAAUGAAAAACCCAUACGACCCAUAGUUAUGUCUCAAAAAGCAGGGGACAGGCCAAAGAAGAAAGUGACUUUCAGCUCUUCCUCUAUCAUUUUUAUUAUCACCAGUGAUGACACUCAGCAAAUAGAUGACGACAGUAAACACAAUGGGACAAAAGUAAAUGUUAUCCAAGUAAAGCCACUAUAGGGAUGAGCUAAAGAGAUGGGAGAAUGACAUCGACUUCAACCAGCAGACUGUUUAGGUUGGAGACUGGCUUCAGUGGUGGUAUCUGUGGGCUGCCAAAGGAAACCACAUUCUUAAGCUGUGAAAUACUGAAGGGAUUCUGCAUCUUAAGCACUGCAGGCAGUUCAGUUUUGGUCACAGUACUGAAAUCUCUGCGCCAAAAUUGCUGAUGGAUGUCCUUACUCUGAAUUUUUCUUAAAGCAUAUGGUGGGAUUACCAUUCAGGAAAAUAUGGUCAGGCGGGAGGAGUGCACUGAUGGCAAUGUUAUAAAGUUCAGCAAGGGCAAGCACAAAGUCCUGCGCUUGGAAGGAGGAGUGAUGCUGCGGCACAGCAGGCCUGGCCCUGUCUGCCUGGGACAUGGCUCUGCAGAAAAGGAGUUGGAUCCGGUUGCUCAGUGAAGCACAAUGAUACCCUGGCAGUGAGGAAGGCCACCAGCAUCCCAGGCUGCACUGACAGGAUCACAGCUGGUAGUCUGAAGUGAUUGUGCCCUUGACUCAGCCCUUGUUAGACCGCAUCUAGAUACUGCAUCCAGUUUUGGGACCCCAGCACAAGAAAGGUGUCUGUGAAUGGGGUUGUGUUCAUUGGAGUCCCCCAAGAUUGUCAAGGGUUGGAGUACUUGGCCUGUGAGGAGAGGCUGGAGGAGCUGCACCUGACUAAUCUGGAGAUGGAGAUGGGGUGGUCUUCAAGAAAAUGGAGCCAGGUUCUUCAGGGUGAUGCAUAGAGGAAGGAUCAGAGACAAUGAGCAUGAACUGAAAGAAGAAACAUUUGGAUGAGAUAUAAGGAAAAGUGGGGUUCUUGUGUUUUUGUGUGUGUUUUUGUUUUGUUUUGUUUGUUUGGUGUGUUUGUGUUUUGUUUUGUUUUAAACCCCGAGGACAGCCACGCGGUGAAACAGGACAGACUAGAGACUUCCUGAGGUUCCUACCAGCUUGAGUUAUCCUGUGAUCCCUGAACUGCUAGCACUCCCAACAUAUACAGUUAUUAAUACCAGGGAAGAGGAAGGAACAUCUGAAGCUGGCUGCAGUUUAGUUGGUCUGAAUUGGUGCUUUGCAGGAUGGGGGGUGGGAGAAGUGAUCUUGACAAUGACUGGGGCUAUGGUUAAACAAGAAGCCAUGAGAAAGCUGUCCCUGUGUACUCAGAAAGCUGUUCUCUUUUUGCUAGCUGGUGGGACUCAAGCUACGUUGUGAAGAAAAUACUGCAAAUCAAAGCACCAAUGAGAAAAGGUCAGUGAAAAAGGAGAAUCAGAUUUGUUGCUGUUACAACAUAUACUUUAUGCAUCUUUAUCUUGCACCUAUUUAUUCUGUACAUGGAACAGGUGCAUCAGCCUAUAUUAAUCUUCAACCUGCUUUGGCAUUUCAGUGAAUGUAACAGGUAGAGAAGUGCAGUGUAACUUUUGCCGAAGUUGUGAUGUGAGAAAUGGUUCUUCUAUUUGAAGCUAAGUAAGCAGAACAGACAGCAUUUUUUGCUUCCCUCCCCUCCAGCCCCAUCCCCAGCUCUGUUUUGUAAGCAUUACUGGUACAAAAUGGCAACGGGAUUCUGCCACCAACACGGCUGCCUGUCACCAUUGGUUGAGUAAGUUAGGAAACUAAUUUUGAAUUAUGGUGGCUGAUUCUCUAUCACAUUCAUUGCACCAUUGUAAUUUCUCUGCCUCAGUCUAAGUGGGCAGUGUGAAUCUGCAACAUGCAGCUGUUCCAUCUCUGUGGAAGCUGUAAGAGAAGCAUUUCAACUAUUUGCUGCUUCUGGAGAGAAAUCUUCUGAGAUUUAUAAAGGAGACAUGCUGAAUAACUCUUGGCACUAGUAGUCAUUGGUCCUGCAGUCAAGAGUAGAACUUAAGAAUUAAAUAGAAAAAAAUGAGGUCUAAAUGUAAAAGCUUUCAGGUAGUUCCUGGGCAUAGGGAGUGACCUUAACUGAGAACAAGUGACUGACUUUGUGCUUGUGUGUACUUUUGAAGGGGCAAAUUCCUUAUAUGUGUAACCCUCUAGAGCUUUAACAUUGGUGAUCUGACUGUGCCAUGUUUAAAAGUGCAUCUGGAGUCCACUCUGGUUUCUAGAUUAAAUCAUAUAAUUUGAGAGAAAACAUCUGAUAAAUAAUUGCCUUUAUUUCUUUCAUGUUUGUUAUUUUUGUUUUGGUACAAAUACAUUGUCUUACCAUGUCAAAGAUCUGCACUUUCCAAACAUGUUCAUUGCAAUGUUAAGAACUAUGUUUUCAGCCAAUGAUCACUACAUCUAUGCACAUUUAUAUUUUCAAAGGGAGGAAGAUGUACAUUAGCAUUCCAUGUAAUCCAUCUUUUUAACAAAGUGGUUGGUAUUUUAGUAUUUUUUUGUAUAUAGAGCCUUCAAUGAGUGAUUAAAUGUACCCUAUUUAUAUCAA